CACUCUCUCCUUUUUAUAGUCACGAGAUUUCAUUUCUAUUUCUGCGGAAAGUGAUAGCAAACAUUCAAGCCCACUUUCUUCACCAUCACUCAACUAGCCCUCAAACCUCUAUCUACUUCUCUUCCAUCUCAAUUAUCAAAUUCAUCCCCUCUUUUUUCAUAAAAUUAAAUCAAUUCUUUCGCUUCCAUGAGAUCAGAAGCGAAUUCAUUAGACCUCAAUAAUCUACCUGAAGAUUAUACCAAACAGACCUUAGGCGACACCUCUUCAUCUGCAGGGAAAAAGAAAAGCGGCGUCGAGGAGGAAAAAGAUGAAGGUGGGAAGGUGUAUGAGUGCAGGUUUUGUUCCCUCAAAUUCUGCAAAUCUCAAGCCCUUGGGGGACACAUGAAUCGCCACCGCCAAGAAAGGGAGACAGAAACCCUGAACAAGGCUCGUCAGCUAGUGUUCAGUAACGAUGUUGCUCCGCCUCACUUAAAUUACGUCUCGAGCGGAGGGUUUCAUCAAGCACCUUCUAGAAUGUUCCCAACCACUCCGCCGCCGCCGCACUGCGACUACUACAUGCUCUCCAACUCCUGCUACGCUGCCGCAGCCCCUCCGGCCAACGGGAGCUUCUACACCUGCAUCGGUGCCCCCGUUCGGGGCCUCGACUGGGACUCACCGAUGCACAAUCAGGAUCAUGAGGGGCUCAGCUGGGGCCGGAGGUAGAAAUCAUCUCAUUUCAAGAUGGAUGUGUGUGUGGAUUUGCAAAGGGGAGAUGGAGUUUUGAAUUUUGAUCAAACCCUUUUUUGAUCUCUCAUCCUCACACAUUAAUUCGCAUUUGGGCGACCAAAUUUCUGGAUUGGAGGAGUGUGUGUGGUGUGUGUUUUUCUUUAGUUUCUUUUUUUUCUCUCUUUUCAUUGCCUUGCAAUGAAUAUGUUUGGUGUAGAAGAAUGUUGUUAUUUGGUGGGGAUUAGUAUGUAGUUGUUGAAGGUGGACAACAACCUAUAGGUUAAAAUAAAAGAAAACAACAGUUUUGUCCAUGGAAUAAUAUAUGAUGUG